CGCGGCCACAAAAUGGCGGCGGCCGCCGGGCCCCCCCCGCCCCUCACGGGUCCCCCGUACCGGGACCCCGGCGGGCCCUGAGCCCCGAAGCCCUGAACCCCGGCCGCUCCCGGAGCCCCGAGCCCAGCCUGCCGGAGGCCAUGGAGCGGCGCGGCCCCGUCCACGCGCUGCCCGAGGAGAUCCGCAAGAUGCCCCGGGAGCAGACAGUGUGCAAAUACUGUGGAGUCAGCUACCUGACCCUCCACGAGCUGAAGGUGAUGGAAGACAAAGUGAAAGCAAUGGAGAAGGAGAUGAAAGUUUACAAAGGAUGUCUAGAAAGGGAGCAGAGGCUUCAGGCAGAGCUGCAGGCUCUUCACCACGACCUGGAGCGCUGCAGGGCUGAGAGUGAAUCCAAGACAGAAAGGAUAAAAGCCCUGACAGUGGAACUUAAAACCAAGCAGGAGGAGAUGAAAACUCUGAAAGCUGACUUGCAGUAUUUCCAGGAGGAGAAGGAAGCUGCCUACAAGCAGUCACAGGUGCUCAGAACUACCUUGGAACACCAUUGCUCCACUCUGAACAAGGCUGUCUCAUUGUUUCCUUUCAUUAGAAGUGAAUUGGACAGCAUUAAAGAGGUCAUCUCCUCCAACCUGGAGAACUUUGCUGCCAUGAAGGAAGAAAUUUUUCAGCAAAUAAAAGCUGUGAGCAAAGAAGCUCUGACAGAAAUCCCCAAACUGAACCAAAGAUUGGCAAAAUCCCAGCGGGAGAACGAGUGUCUGCAGGAGAAGAUCAGGCACCUCACUGGGGUGGCUGACACGGUUGAGCUGAAAACUCAGCAGCUCCAAACUUCCCUUCAGCAGGGGAACGAGCUCCAGAAUCGCUGCCGUGAGCUGCAGAAGGAAACUCUGGAUUUAACAAAUCAGGUGGAGACAGCUGGCCUGCAGCUGCAGAAGGUGACAGCAGAGCUGGACCACUACAAGAAGCUGCUGCUGGUGAAGUCAACAGAGCUUGAUGCCUGUCAAAAUGAACUGAAAAAGAUCAAAUAUGAAAAUGGAAUUGCUGAGUCCAGGCUUAUGAAAGAGCUGAAGGAAAAGGAAGAAUCCCUUCUCAUUUGCCAACAAAUCUGCAAACAUUUACAGGAGGAAGUGGCAGAGAAAGAAAGGAAAGAAGAAGAUCUGAAAAGAAGAAGUGGGAGAUCAGAGAGUGAGCUGGAAACCCUGAAAACUCUCCUGAGCCAAACAGAGCAGGAGGUGCUGAUGCUGAAGCAGGAGAGGGAGCUGCUGCUGGUGUCCCAGCAGAGCAGGACGGAGCAGCUGCAGGAGGCGCUCAGGCUGAAGGUUCGGAGCGAGGACUCCUGGAGGGACAAGCUGGAGAUGGACCUGGCCCAAGGGGAGGCUCGGCACAAGGAAGCGAUGCUGAAGGUCAGGGAGGAGGCCAGAGUGGAGCUGGAGCUGGAGAGGCAAAAGCAGCAGGAGCUGCUCAGCAAGUACCAGAGAGAGCAGGAGGAGCUGCAGCAGAAGAUCCCAGGUUUAAUAUCCAGUGCCACCAAGAGUUUGAGGAUGGAGACAGAAAUUCUGGAGAAGAAGCUCCAAGAUGCCCAAAUGAAACUGGCAGAGAAGGAUGGAGACAAGGAAAAAGAAAUCCAGGGCCUUAAAAGGCUCAUCAGUGAACUGGAAUUCCAGCUGACCAUGGAGAAGAGCAACAACGAGUCAUUCCUGGACAAACUGAGGAAAGAAAUGAAGCACAAGUCAGAUGAGCUGGAAAAAUUAACCCAGGAGAAGACACAGCUGAUUCACAGUUUGAGUCAAGUGCAAGAGGAGAAUUCCCUGCUGCAGGACACGGUGCGCCGCGAGUGCGAGGAGCGCUGCGAGCUGACGGCGGCGCUGGGCCGGGCCCGGGAGCAGGUGCUGGAGCUGCGGCGGCUCAGCGCCACGCUGCCCCCGCCCCGCUCGCUGCCCCCCGAGCUGCGGCUGCCCGGGGCGGCCCGGGGCCCGGCCCGGCUCGGCGGCACCGGCAGCUCCUCCCUGGAUUCCAUCCCUGCCAAAGGAAGGGCGGGCUCGCCCCGCAGCCGCCCCGCCGGGCUGAGGCUCCGGCCGAGCCAGCUCUGACGCAUCCAUCCCGAGCUCCAAAGGAACCCCAAAGCAUCCCUGAACGCCGUUUAAACCCAGGUGGAUUCUUAUUUAUUUUUGGUGCGACAACUUUUAUCUGUCCGUUAAUUUAUUCAUGGUGUAAUUCAAUGCUGGGUGUGGUUCAAGAGGAGAAAAGCAAAAAGAGUCUCUCCAAGAGGAGCACAAAGAGCAGCACGUCUUCAAUGAGUGGGAUUGAAAUCAGAGAAUCGCUGGAUCCCAGAAGGUUUGGGUUGGAAGGGACCUUAAAGUCCAUCCUGUUCCAGUGCCCUGGCCCUGGAAUAAUGGCCCAGCAUCACAGGAUCCAGGACGGAUCCAGGAUGGAUCCAGGGUUUGGAGCAGCCUGGGACAGGGAACAUGGAACUGGAUGAGCUCUGAGGUCCUUUCCAACCCACAGCAGUCUGUGAUUCCAUGAUUCCAUCAUUUCAAAUCUGUCUCUUGUCCCCCUGUUUGUGUCCUGGAGCAGCAGCUGGGGUAAAGGGGGAGUGUGGCCAGGGAGGAACAGCAGUAAAAUAACAGGAGUGGCCAGGUCUGGAUCCAAACCAAGCCCAGAACAAAUAUUUCCCUUCUCCCCCUCCCUCCCAGAACCCAGAGCUCCUGCUGCUUAGCAAUAAACAAAAUAUGGAAAUGUCAGGGACCCUUUUUUACUGGCUUUGAAAACAAUUUAGUGAAUGUCACCAUGUCAAGGAAAGUUUACCAAGUGUUUUCCAUGGUGGGAUGAAAGGCAGCAGCACCUCAUUACAGCCCUGGAAUUUUAGGAAGUCAAACUUCCUGCAGGAAGUUCUUGCAGGAGUGGUGGCACUUGCACUCCAGGACUUGUGGCACGAGGCAGAGCCAGACAAAGCUCCAGGCCUGGAACAAACCUGUCCCUGUGGCUCCUGCCCUGCUGGCUGUGGGCACAUUCCAGCCCUUCCCUGGAGAAAACCUCCUGUGGCACUGGAAAGGUUCCAGUUUGCCCCUGGCUCUGGAGGGAGCUCCCACAGCCCUGAACCUUCCCAGGAAGGACCAAUGCCCUGACCAGGCAGGAAAUGGGGAUGGUGGGAUGGCUGUGAUGCUCUGUGUGAGCCCCAGCCACCAUCACCCCCUCCUGAGUGACCCUGCCAGCCCCAGGGACCCAUCCCUGCUCCCAGGUGACAAGGGACAAGAGGAAGCCACAUAAUCUCAGUCAGUGCCUCAGUGUGGCUCAUCCUUUUCCCACCUGAAGUUGCCCAAAAUGUUCUCCACAGACAGGAUGGAGAGUCCAGCCCCAGUCUGGUCCUGCUGCUCCUUCAGCAGGAGGUGGGAGCAGCACUGGCCAUGCUCAGCUUGCCAUGGAUGUCACCUCAUUCCCACUGGGACAUCUCAAACCAAAGCUGGGAUGAUCACUAGACCUUGCUCUGAGGUGUGUGUAGGAUCUGGGAUCCCGACUGUGCCUUGCAGAUGGAGUUUUUUUACAAAAGAAGAAAUUGGACUGCAGGAAAAAGCAUCUUAAUUUCUAAGCAGUGUUCAAAGUGCAUGGAAAUAGAAACUGAUGCCACAGAUCAUUCAAAUGUAUUAAUCAGAAUAAAAUCCUG